AUGGAUGAUGUUACUGAGAAUAUUGAUUUGGAUCCUCCAAAAGAAGUACGAGAUCUUCAAGACGAACUUGAUCUCUGCAAUAAAGAAUGGAAGAAGGCAUUUGAAGAUCAACAAGAAGAAAUAAAAAAAUUAAAACAAAAAGUGGAACAAUUCGAAAAACAAGAAAAAAUAAUGAAUCGUGAUAUACUGGCUACAGUUGGUGAAUUAAUUGAUAAAAUUAUGAUAACAUUAGAACGUGAAGUUGGUGGUCAAAAAAGAAAAAUUACACUUGAUCAGCAUUAUGAACAAAAACAGAAAAAAAAACUUCGCUUGAAUAAAUUUGAAUGA